GAGGCCGCCGCGCCGCCGCCGCUGAGCCGGGCCCCCCCCCCCCAUCCCCGCCCGCCCCGCGCGCAGCGGCCGCCGGGCGGCGCAGGUGAGCGGCCGCGCCAUGGUGGACCCGGUGGGCUUCGCCGAGGCGUGGCGGGCGCAGUUCCCGGACUCGGAGCCGCCGCGCAUGGAGCUGCGCUCGGCGGGCGACAUCGAGCAGGAGCUGGAGCGCUGCCGGGCCUCCAUCCGGCGGCUGGAGCGCGAGGUGAACCAGGAGCGCUUCCGCAUGAUCUACCUGCAGACGCUGCUGGCCAAGGAGCGGAAGAGCUACGACCGCCAGCGCUGGGGCUUCCGGGGCGCCGCGCAGCCCCCCGACGGCCCCGCCGCCGCCGCCGAGCCCCGCGCGCCCGCGCCGCGCCCCGCGCCGCCCCCCGACGGCGCCGCCCCGCCGCCGCCUCCUCCUCCUCCGGCCGAGGAGCCGCCCGAGGCCCGGCCCGACGGAGAGGGCUCCCCGGGCAAAGCCGCCAGGCCCGCGCCCGCCCGCCGGCCCGGGGCCGCCGACCGGGACGACCGGAACGACCGCGGGGGUCCCCCCACCAGCGUGGCGGCGCUCCGCUCCAACUUCGAGAGGGUCCGCAAGGCCGACCCCGCCGCCGCCGCCGCCGACCAGCCCUUCUACGUGAACGUCGAGUUCCACCACGAGCGCGGGCUGGUGAAGGUCAACGACAAGGAGGUGUCGGAGCGCAUCAGCUCGCUGGGCAGCCAGGCCAUGCAGCUGGAGCGCCGCAGGGGCCAGCGGGGCGCGCCCCUCGCCCAGCCCCGCGCGCGCCCCGCCGACAGCCCGCCCCGCGGCCUGGACGGCGACUACGAGGACGCCGAGCUGAACGCGCGCUUCCUCCGGGACAACCUGGUGCCGGCCGCCGCCUGGCCGCCGCUGGAGCCGCACCAGCCCUACCAGAGCGUCUUCGUGGGCGGCCCGCCGGCGGCGGGGGGCGAGGCCGGGGGCGCCCCGGGGCUCCUGCGCAGCCAGAGCAGCGCCGCCCCCGCCGCGGAGCCCCCGCCGGAGCGCCGCCUGACCUGGCCGCGCCGCUCCUACUCGCCCCGCAGCUUCGAGGACAGCGGCGGCGGCUACACGCCGGACUGCAGCUCCAACGAGAACCUCACGUCCAGCGAGGAGGAGGAGGAGGAGGAGGAGGACGUGUCGUCCGGCGGCCAGUCCGGCCGCGUGUCCCCGAGCCCCGCCGCCGCCGCCGCCGGCCGCCGCCGCCCCCCGGGCCGCGACCGGAGCCGCUCGCCCUCGCAGACCUCGCAGCAGUCGCUGGACAGCGGCCCCAGCCCGCCGCCCACGCCGCAGUGCCCCCGGCGCCACCGCCACGGCCCCGUCGUGGUGUCCGAGGCCACCAUCGUGGGCGUGCGCAAGACCGGGCAGAUCUGGCCCAGCGACGGGGACAGCGCCUUCCCCGGAGACGCAGACUCAUCCUUCGGGACGCCGCCCGGGUACGGCUGCGCAGCGGACCAGGCCGAGGAGCAGCGGCGGCACCAGGACGGGCUGCCCUACAUCGAUGACUCGCCCUCCUCCUCUCCCCACCUGGGCGGCAAGGGCCGGGCCGGCCGGGACGCGCUGGCCUCGGGCGCCCUGGAGCCGGCCAAGGCGAGCGAGCUGGACCUGGAGAAGGGCUUGGAGAUGCGAAAGUGGGUCCUGUCGGGCAUCCUGGCGAGUGAGGAGACGUACCUCAGCCACCUGGAGGCGCUGCUGCUGCCCAUGAAGCCGCUGAAGGCGGCGGCCACCACCUCGCAGCCGGUGCUGACGAGCCAGCAGAUCGAGACCAUCUUCUUCAAGGUGCCCGAGCUCUACGAGAUCCACAAGGAGUUCUAUGACGGGCUGUGCCCCCGCGUGCAGCAGUGGAGCCACCAGCAGCGCGUGGGCGACCUCUUCCAGAAGCUGGCCAGCCAGCUGGGCGUGUACCGGGCCUUCGUGGACAACUACGGCGUCGCCAUGGAAAUGGCCGAGAAGUGCUGCCAGGCCAACGCUCAGUUUGCAGAAAUCUCCGAGAACCUGAGAGCCAGGAGCAACAAGGACGCCAAGGACCAUACGACCAAGAACUCCCUGGAGACCCUGCUCUACAAGCCUGUGGACCGGGUCACGCGGAGCACGCUGGUCCUGCACGACCUGCUGAAGCACACGCCGCCCAGCCACCCCGACCACCCACUGCUGCAGGACGCGCUGCGCAUCUCCCAGAACUUCCUGUCCAGCAUCAACGAGGAGAUCACGCCUCGCCGGCAGUCCAUGACGGUGAAGAAGGGCGAGCACAGGCAGCUGCUGAAGGACAGCUUCAUGGUGGAGCUGGUGGAGGGCGCCCGCAAGCUGCGCCACGUCUUCCUGUUCACCGACCUGCUCCUCUGCACCAAGCUCAAGAGGCAGAGUGGAGGCAAAACGCAGCAGUACGACUGCAAGUGGUACAUCCCGCUCACCGACCUCAGCUUCCAGACGCUGGACGAGUCCGAGGCGGCGCCCGCCAUCCCCCUGGUGGUGGACGAGGAGCUGGACGCCAUGAAGAUCAAGAUCUCGCAGAUCAAAAGCGACAUCCAGAGGGAGAAGAGGGCCAACAAGGGCAGCAGGGCCAUCGAGAGGCUGAAGAAGAAGCUGUCGGAGCAGGAGUCCAUGCUCCUGCUCAUGUCCCCCAGCAUGGCCUUCCGGGUGCACAGCCGCAACGGCAAGAGCUACACGUUCCUGAUCUCGUCCGACUACGAGCGGGCCGAGUGGCGGGAGCACAUCCGGGAGCAGCAGAAGAAGUGUUUCAAAAGCUUCUCCCUGACGUCCGUGGAGCUGCAGAUGCUGACCAACUCGUGCGUCAAACUCCAGACGGUCCACUGCAUCCCCCUGACCAUCAACAAGGAAGAUGACGAGUCUCCCGGCCUCUACGGCUUCCUGAACGUCAUCGUCCACUCGGCCACCGGCUUCAAGCAGAGCUCAAACCUGUACUGCACCCUGGAGGUGGACUCCUUCGGGUACUUCGUGAACAAAGCCAAGACCCGGGUCUACAGGGACACGGCCGAGCCCAACUGGAACGAGGAGUUCGAGAUCGAGCUGGAGGGCUCGCAGACGCUGAGGAUCCUGUGCUAUGAGAAGUGCUACAACAAGACGAAGAUCCCGAAGGAGGACGGCGAGAGCACCGACCGCAUCAUGGGGAAGGGCCAGGUCCAGCUGGACCCCCAGGCCCUGCAGGACAGAGACUGGCAGCGGACGGUCAUCGCCAUGAACGGGAUCGAGGUGAAGUUGUCGGUGAAGUUCACCAGCAGGGAGUUCAGCCUGAAGAGGCUGCCGUCCCGGAAGCAGACGGGCGUCUUCGGGGUCAAGAUUGCCGUGGUCACCAAGAGGGAGCGGUCCAAGGUGCCCUACAUCGUUCGGCAGUGCGUGGAGGAGAUCGAGCGCCGUGGCAUGGAGGAGGUGGGCAUCUACCGCGUGUCCGGCGUGGCCACCGACAUCCAGGCGCUGAAGGCCGCCUUCGACGUCAACAACAAGGACGUGUCGGUGAUGAUGAGCGAGAUGGACGUCAACGCCAUCGCCGGCACCCUCAAGCUCUACUUCCGGGAGCUGCCCGAGCCGCUGUUCACCGACGAGUUCUACCCCAGCUUCGCCGAGGGCAUCGCUCUUUCGGACCCCGUGGCGAAGGAGAGCUGCAUGCUGAACCUGCUGCUGUCGCUCCCGGAGGCCAACCUGCUGACCUUCCUCUUCCUCCUGGACCACCUGAAGAGGGUGGCAGAGAAGGAGACGGUGAACAAGAUGUCCCUGCACAACCUGGCCACGGUGUUCGGACCCACGCUGCUCCGGCCCUCGGAGAAGGAGAGCAAGCUGCCCGCCACGCCCGGCCAGCCCAUCUCCAUGGCGGACAGCUGGUCCCUGGAGGUCAUGUCCCAGGUCCAGGUGCUGCUGUACUUCCUGCAGCUGGAGGCCAUCCCUGCUCCCGACAGCAAGCGACAGAGCAUCCUGUUCUCCACGGAAGUCUAAAGGCCCGACUCCUCCGACUCCAGGAAGCCGCCGGCACGGCCUGGGACACUCCCGGCGAGACAGGCCACCGCGGAGCAGGAUCCGCAUCUUCUUGAGGCGUCCUCGGGCCGCCCCCGAGAGCCAGGCCGUCUGCCAAGUGACGGCCCGCUACCCGAGGCAGAAGGCCCAGAGGCCUGGGCGGUGCCGGGCCCCUGAGCUCCCCGCUGGCCUCCGGCUCUGGUCUGCCGCCACCAGAGGGCGCCCCAGAGCCAGCACGGCUCCGCGUGCAGGCCUGGCCCCAGAGCGGGCGGAAGGAGUGGUGGUUUUUUUUUUUAAUGAACUUUUCAGACUUUUCAAAGAUUUCUACUGGAUCCCUUGUCAAGAGGCACCCUCCCCUCGCGGUCGUGUCCUGAACAAACACUGCUGCUGCUGCGCACCGUGGGGGUCCCCGUGGGGGUGGGGGCGGGGGCGCUGGGGUUUUCCUGACUUAAAACGUACGACUCCCGUGGGGAACGGGGCGCGGAAAGCAAGGUCAACACUGUGCGGCAUCGGGCCCCUUUCGCCUCCUUCCUCUCUCCCCUCGCUUUCUAGAAGGAUCUCUGGGCACCAGGGGGCUCUUCCCUGUCCCUUGCUGUGGCUGUGGCUUUGCUUUUGCAGAUCCUGUGCCCCUGGGAGGGCAGCUGCCCGUGUGACACCCAGGCCCGGCCACCAGGGGGCAGGAGGCCGGGGCUGCGCACUUUAUGGCCCCUUCCUCCUCCGGGGAGAGUGACCCCGGCCCCCCAUGCCAGCCCAGCCUCCCGCCCAGCACCCGCUGGCCUGCAGCCUGCAAAGGCCGGUCUCUAGCUCAGCGCCCCCCCCCCCCCGCCCUCCCCAGGUCCCCGCUCUGCGGAACAGACUCUGCACCCUUUUGGAACGGCUUCUUCUCGCUGCACCGGCAUCGGCUUGCGUUCAACCUUUUGAUCCGAAUCGCCUUUUUGAUACUUGAAUAUUUUUAAGUUUUAUACGUAGUUUCUAAUUUUCUUCCGGACGGACUCAGAAGGUAUCUACGCUUUGUGUUCCUCUGAGCGCCCGCUCUGUCUGUCUGCAUCGGGAGCGGACGGGCGCCGAGUCUCCUGGGCACCGGGGGCCAGGCCCGGGCUGAGGGCGGCGACUCCCAUCCCAGAGCAGGCGGAAGGACAGGCGUGCCCCCUCCCGCCCGCUCCCCGCUCUGCACGCCCCUGCCAGCCCUCGGACCCUCUGCCUAAAGGGGAGAGCAUGGGAAGCCACUAAGUGUUUUGAAGAAACAGGUCUAUGGACACCGUAUCCAUCUUUUUUUUUUUAAAGAGGGGUUUUGGGCCCUGGCCGGUUGGCUCCGCAGACAGAGCGUCGGCCUGCGGACUUCAGGGUCCCGGGUUCGAUUCCCGUCAAGGGCACGCCCCUCAGUGGCAGGCUCCUCCUCCCCAGCCAGGCUCUGGUUCGGGGUGCGUGCAAGAGGCGACCCAUCGAUGUGUCACACUCACAUCAGUAUUUCUCUCUGUCUUUCCCUCCCUCUCCUCUUUCUGAAAACAUCCUUGGCUGAGGAUUUAAAAACAAACAAGUAAAUCAAUAAACAGCGGGUCGGGGCGAGGGGAGAAGGGGCGCAGUGUCCGCGCCGGUCUGGCGGGAAGAGAGGGUGCGAGGAGUCGGAGGAGGGAAGCCAUGCAGCGACUCAGGAAAAGGUGUUUCGUUGUCAGCGAUGGCGGUGGCGCUGGCCCACGCUCCUGCCGCGCCCUGGGGCCCUGGCAGGGCUCACCCAGGUGCCAGGGGCCCAGGAGACAAGGUCACUUGAAGGCCUGCCGUCUGCAUACUGUAUUUAUUUAGCUGUCCUUUAUUUUCUCCCGUGUUAACACGGCACCCCUCCUCCACCUCCCCACCCCCCACCCCGGGGAUGAGGGCAGGGCGCGGGGCUCUCUGUCCUCGCCCGUUUCUGGGCCCAGUGGGUUCCCGGGGUCCCUCCGGCCCGACCGUCUCCGCACACCUCCAGCCUGGGUCCCCCUUCCCCGGCGCCCCUGGUUUGCAUCUGUCGCAUCGAAACUGGAAAGCAAUACGCCCACGUCUGUGCCAACGUCCCUGCCCUCGCCCGCCGCCUCCCGUGUUAUUUAUAUGGAGCGUGUGCCGCCUCCCGGCCGAGUGGCCGCUCCUCGUCGCUGUCCAGCGCUCCUUCCUGGGCCACGAUGGCGGCCCCCGCGGUCCCCUCUCGGCGCAGGCCCCCGGUUGGCCGGGCCGGCAGGGGGCAGGGGAAGGCCCGGGGGCCCAGAUGCGCCAGGAGACGAGGCCGCCCAGCCCUGGCCCCGGGGUCUGGGGGCCGCCUGCCACUGGGGCUGGGCGGGCCGGUCUCGGCGGCUGCGCUUCUGCUUUUGAGCUCGGCCACCCGUGUGCGCCGUCGGGGAGGGGACUGCUGACACUGUCAUUAAAGUUUCCUGAGACGA